AUGGAGUCAAAAUCUUCGCUCGCGUCAGAACUUCCGUUAGAUUUAACCGGCAAUGGUGCCAGGCUGCCGUUCCCAUCCUCUGGCGCAAUUCUUUCUACUAUUGUAGCCUUGGAAAUUCCAGGUUUUGUCCUUAAAAGAUCGUCGCGUUAUCGACGUUCUACAUUUCCGUACGCGGCAAUGCUGAAACGAUUAGAUUAUGAUAGAUUUUGUGGUUCAGUUGACCUUUGGUGCAGUUGUACUGAUCAAGAGCUCUAUAAUGCUAGAGUAUUACUAAUGAGAGCAUUACUUAGAUUGUUUUUGACACGUUCGGUAAUUUUAUUGCAUCUUGUACUUGGUGAAUGGUUUGAAAAAACUACUACUGACUUGAAGUAUCGAAGAAUUAUUGAAGACGAAUUUCAAAUUUUGCUUGAGCCGGUGCGUAAAUUGAGAAUUAAAGGAAAUUUUGUUAAAGAUCGUAUUUUGAACGGCCUAUCCGAACCAUGCAAAAACUUGUCCCUGCGCAGCAUUAAUUUAUUGGACGUUACUUUUACUGAUAACAUACCAUGGUCCGACCUUUUUGAAUGUAAAAAUCUUGAAAAAAUUAAAUUUCGUGAUUGUAUAGGAUUUGAAAACGGUGAGCUCUUAACAAAGGAUGAUUGUCAUAUGUUGGUGGAGUGGGGACUUGAUCAAGGGGCUCUUGUUACAGUCGGCAAUUGGGAUUGUGUCGAUGGAUGGGUGAAAUUCGGGCAGACUGUGCAUGGUAUGUGA